GGGGCGGGGAGUCUACGUCACUUCCGGGAGGGUUGCCGGGGCGGUGAGGAGGAAGAAAAUGGCGGCGGCGGCGGUUUCGCUGUCGGGCAGGUUUAAGGGAUCAUUUGCAUAUUUUACAAUUAAAGAUAGACUACCCCAGAUCUUAACCAGAGUUAUUGAUACUUUACACCGACAUAAAAAUGAAUUCUUUGAAAAACAUGGGGAGAAAGGUGUUGAGGCAGAGAAGAGGGCUAUAUCUUUCCUCUCUAAAUUACGGAAUGAAUUGCAAACGGACAAACCAAUGAUCCCUUUGAAUGAUGAGCUCCCUGAUACUCCAAUAUGGAACCAGUACCUAGAAUAUCAAAGAAAUGUAUCAAAUGGAAAUGGACAGCCAAGCUGGUUUCAGUCCCCUUGGCUAUAUGUAGAAUGUUACAUGUACCGUAGAAUUCAUGAAGCACUAAUUCAUAAUCCACCUAUUGAUGACUUUGAUCCAUUUAUGGAAGCAAAGAUUCAAAGUUUUUUUGAAUCCCAACAGGCUAUUAUUGCCAUAUGCACUUACUUGCAGGAACUCCUUAAAAACAUACAGGAUCUAAAUGAAAAUCAACUUAAGGAGGAAUUUUUUAAGCUGUUGCAGGUUUCCUUGUGGGGGAAUAGGUGUGACCUUUCCAUUUCAGCUGGUGAAGACAACUCUCAGAAAUCCAGCCUUCUGCAAUCCUUAAAUGAUUUUAAAUCUUUCAUCUUGGUGGAUGACAUGGAAGACCUUUGGUCACUGCUUUUAAAUUCCAAGAAAAGGACAACCACCAAAGAAUCUAUUACAAGAGUUGACAUAAUUCUGGAUAAUGCUGGCUUUGAACUUAUAACUGAUCUAGUACUGGCUAACUUCUUGUCAUCAUCAAAGUUAGCUACUGAAGUCCACUUCCAUGGAAAAUGUAUUCCAUGGUUUGUAUCAGAUACCACAAAGCAUGAUUUUAACUGGACUCUUAAGCAACUGCAGUCAGCUAAUCAUAUGUGGAUGUCUAGAUGUGGGAUGAAUUGGGAGGGGAAUUUAAAAAAAGGCGUUUGGGUUUACCACGAUCACAUGUUUUGGACUCUGCCACAUGAAUUUUCUAGUAUGGCUCAGGUUGCUCCUGACUUGUAUGCUGAACUGCAGAAAUCAAGUGUAAUUAUUUUUAAAGGUGAUCUGAACUAUAGGAAACUAACAGGAGAUAGAAAAUGGGAGUUUACGGUUCCAUUUCAUCAAGCCUUGAACAAAUUUCAUCCUGCACCUCUCUGCAGCAUAAGAACUCUAAAAGCUGAAAUUCAGGUUGGUCUGAAACCUGGGCAAGGUGAACAACUUGCAACUUCUGAAUCUGAAUGGAUGAUCAAUGGAAAAUAUGGAAUAAUUCAAUUUGAUGCGUCUGUGUGAUUGUUGUGCAGUUCAUAAACUAUCCAAAGGCAGAUGGGUAGCUUUUUAAAUUGCGCUGUUUCAGAGACAGCUACAUGGGUAUUGACUUUUUCUACUGGUCAGGUUUGGCUUUAAAAAAUCAUUGGUUUUCAGUUUACCUAUUAUGCUUCUUUUGCAAAGUAGCUUGUUAUUGUUUUACAAAGGAUACGGAUGUGCAACAGUUCUUUCUUGCUAACAAAUUAGUAAAAUGUAGAUUAUUUGUCUUACCAAACGUCUGCAGAAGAUCUCAAAGAUAUGAAUAUGGCUUCAGUUGUCCACAAAAGUUCUUUGUUAUUCAGUAAAGAUAUUUGAAUGCAGGUCUGCUCUAGGGAGAGGCUUCACCUUGUGCUACUCCAGCAGCCUUGGCCAGCAUUUUUAAUUGCUAUGCAUUGCAUGGAAAUGCAUGUUUUUUGGAAUGCAUGGAACUAAUUUUUGGGGUUUCUGCAUCAUUGCAGCUGGGGUCUUAUUUUAAAGCUGUUGAAAUUGAGUUGUCUCUUACAAAUGCUAUUUUACAUAAAACUGACAACCGUUUCUUAUGUUUUGUGUCUGCAAAUAGUUCUGUUUGUUGGCUUUACCAUAAUGAAAGCUUGGUUUAGUCGGCAGUGGAUUAAGGGAGGAUCCUUUAGUGGGAGACAUUACAUCCUAUGAAGAAGACAUAAAUGAGGGAGAUCCAUAAGACUCAGGUGUUCCCAAGUCAUUGGGUUGGAAUACCAGCCAAAUAAUAAGCAUUUUACUAUAAAACUGUGAACUUAGCCAGUGCUAGAAAGCUGCUUUGAAAAAGCAAAGCAUGUCAGCAGGUAUAUUUGUUGCAGCCCCUCGUCUUCAAUGGGAAGGACUCUGCUGCAUGUGCCUCACUAUAGGAGCUGUGCUUAGCUACAGAGCCGUAAGAGCUAUUUUAAAGCAAAAGUUGGAUUCUGGAGAGGUGUAGAGAUACCUGUGCCACAACCAAGGAAGUAAACAGCUCAAAUUCAUUAGUAGUUCCUCCGUUUUUCUCUAAGCCCACAGCAAAGCAAUGGUGCAGUGGGAGGAUCAGCAUGUGAAGGCAAUGUAACUGUAGAAGAAGUAAGUAAAGUCUACUUGGCAAGAAGAGAUGGUAUGGAAAACCAUCUACCUGCAUUUCCAGAGUUCAACCAAUGGAGACUAGCUCACAGGAACCACAGUGAGAUACUCUGCUCACUAAACAAUGACUUGAGGCACUGUUGGCCCUGAUUCUUAUCUUCAUCUUAGGAAAAGUGAUGAUGGGAGGCAGUCUUGUAUUGCAACUGUUUCCCAGGCCCUGGAAGCCACAGAAGCUAAAUGAAAACAAGAAUUGAUAAGGACUGAACAUUUCCAACACCUUAAAGAUACAGAAGAAAACAUCUCUACUGGAAGAGUCUUGUUCCCAUGUCACUUUCUUUGCGUGGCAUCUAUCUUGAAUUAUCAAAGCAGCCUGAACUCUGUUGGGAUCACAGUGUAGCCUGGAAGUCUAACCUGAAAUUUACUUGUAGUAAGGCAAUCUUCCCUGCAUGCACUAUAACCAGGGAUCCCAGUUUUCUCUAAUAAAAAAAA